ACUCAGCAGACUCAAUAACCACGAGGGUAACACUGUAAUUUAGGAGAGUUAGGUUCUCCUUCGUUAGUAAGCUAGAAGAAGCAGCACCUCACUCUUUUGUCUUCUCAUCUCCACACAGAGAGUCUUCUGUGGCUCCGCGUCUUUCAGGUUAUUGUUUAUGGUGGCUUGAGUUUGUGAUACUUGUAAGUUAUGGAGAAGAAAACAGCGAAGAAGAAGAACCCGUUGGUUUUUAUGGACAUUUGUAUUGAUGGCGAUCCUAAGGAGAGAAUGGUUUUUGAGCUUUUCUCGGAUAUUGCUCCCAAGACUGCAGAAAAUUUCCGUGCUCUUUGUACAGGGGAGAAAGGAAUUGGUCCCAAAUCUGACAGACCAUUGCACUACAAGGGAUCCUUUUUCCAUCGCAUCGUUAAAGGGUCCAUGGCUCAGGGUGGUGAUAUUCUGAAACGAGAUGGGACCUUUGGAGAGAGCAUAUAUGGGGACAAGUUUCCUGAUGAGUCUCCAAAGCUAAAACAUGAUGGGCCCGGUCUUCUAUCCAUGUCAAUUGCUGAUCGUGACACUUUAGGUUCUCAAUUUAUUGUUACCUUUAGGGCUAAUCAUCAUCUGGACAGGAAGUAUGUGGUCUUUGGGAAGCUUGUGCAAGGAGAUAAAGUACUAAAGAAAAUUGAAGAUGUGGGUGAUGAAGAAGGGAGACCCACUGUAACGGUGAAAAUAGUCAAUUGUGGUGAAUUCAUUGAGGACAAAAAGAAAGUAAAUAAACUGAAAACAGAAAAGCACCAGAAAUCUUCUAGAGACAGAAAGAAGAGGAGGAAGAGAAACCAUUUGUCUGAUUCAGAGAAUUCAUCUGAUUCUGAUAUGGAAUCAUCGGAAUCUGACAGUGAUUCUGACUCUAUGUCCUCAUCAUCUGAUAUUAGUUCUUCAAGUGAGGACAGACGUAGGAAGAGAAAGAGAACUUCUAAACGAGAUAAACAUAAACGUGGCAAAAAACGAGAUAAGCGACGUGACAAAAGGAGAAAGAGACAUGAUAAACGAUCCAAGCGUAGAUCAAGAAGAUCAUCAGAUAGUCUAACAGAUGCUGAAAGUGAGGGUGAAACCAGCUCUGAUGAUGAUGCUCAAGCAAAAGAGAGGAAGUGCAGGGGCCCUUCUCAGAAAACUGCUGAGGAUCAAUCUCCUAUGGUUUUGGAGGAAGAAGCUGCCUCCUUUCCUCGUAAAAGGAGACAGGAACCUGAUAUACUUGAAAAGGAAGAUGGUGAAUUCCCCAAGGAAAAUGGAUCACGACGAAGUGAUGGUAUUGAGGCAGAUGCUAAAUCUUUUGGAAGUGAAGAUAGGCAACCUGAUAUCAGAGAUGGUCACCCAGGAAAAUCUAGGAGCCAAAGUAUGAGUCCCAAGAGGACCACAGGUAAGGGUAUUAGUCCCAGGAGGAGCCUGAGCAAGAGCCCGAGUGUUAGUCCAAAGAGAAGCAGUAGCAGGAGUCACAGUGCUAGUAGAAGCCAUCCUCAUGUCUCCCAGAGGAGUAUCAGCAGAAGUCCUGUUAGAAGUGGAAGCAGCAGGAGCACAGCUAGAAGUUUCAGCAGAAGUCCUGUGAGGGCAAAGAAGGCUAGAAGCAUAAGCACUAGCCCAGUGAGAUCUCGGUCUCAAAGAAGCAUUAGCAGGAGCCCUGUGAGAUUACCACCUCGAAGAAGCAUAAGCAGGAGCCCUGUGAGAUCUCGGUCUCAAUCAUUGCAAAAAUCUAUCAGCGGAAGCCCUGUAAGAGAUUCUAGGAGCAUAAGCAGAAGCCCUGUUAGAUCUUCUCGGAGAAGCAUAAGCAGAAGCCCAGUUAGAUCUUCUCGGAGAAGUGUAAGCAGAAGCACUGUUCGAUCUUCUCGGAGAAGCAUUAGCAGAAGUCCAGUUAGAUCUUUGAGGAGAAGUAUUAGCAGAAGCCCUGUUAGAUCUUCCCGGAGAAGCAUCAGCAGAAGCCCUGUUAGAUCUUCUCGGAGAAGCAUCAGUAGAAGCCCUGGUAGGGCUCCUUCAAGGAGAAGCAUUAGCAGAAGCCCAGUUAGGGCACCAAGCAGGAAUAAUCGUCGCAGCUACUCAAGGAGCCCAAGCAUACGGAAGGCAAGGUCUCCUGAUCGAAGAAGUUUGUCAAGAAGUGUUUCCCCUAAUGGGUCUCCCAAGCGUAUCAGGAGGGGAAGGGGUUUCAGUCAACGAUAUGCUUAUGCUCGGAGAUACAGAACCCCCUCUCCAGAGCGUUCUCCCGUGAGAUCCUACCGUUAUAGCGGCCGUGAUAGAUUUACCAGUUACCGAAGGUAUUCUCCUAGGCGUUAUAGAAGUCCUCAAAGAGGAAGAACUCCACCAAGCAGAUACAGAGGGAGGAGAAGCAGGACACGUAGCCCAUCUGUAUCACGCAGCCCCCGCUAUCGCAACCGUCGUUAUAGCCGCAGCCCUGUUCGCAGUCGUUCCCCAGUUGACGUGUCCAAGUCACGUGUAUCUCCACGAGUUGAUAGGAGAAGGUCGCCGUCUCGUAGCUGUAGUCCAUCAAAAUCACGAUCCUCUCUGGACUCCCAGUCUCCCAAGCGACUCAGUAAAGACAGAUCAAGGUCAUCAUCUAGAAGCCCUGGUGGGAAGAAGGGCCUGGUGUCGUAUGAUGAUGGUUCUCCCGAUUCCAGCCAAAGGUGAAGUGGUUGAAGAUGUGAUGAUGAAAUCCUUUGUCCGGACAAGCUUGAGCCAUCUAUCCUGCAUUUUGACAAGCUGUGUCUUAUGAUGAACUAGGGGCUGGCAUCUUUUUGCCCCCCUUUCCAACUGGACCUGGGUCGUUUGUUUUGUUAAGAGGGGCAGGCCGUGUAGUCGCAUAUCAUUCUCGUAGUGUGGUUUAGAUUUAUCUCUGGCAGGUUGCAAGGAUAUACUAGCAAUGAUUUAUAUUAUAUCAGGAACAUAGAAUCAUGCUGCUGCAGGUCGUCAUUACUCUUUUCUCGUGUUAACUUGCCGAUAUUUAGGAUGAGGUUGAGGAGGUGGGAUAAUUUAUGUGCCUUGGAUUGAAGACUUUGUUUUUGAAAUUGGAAGUUUUGUGUAUUUAA